AUGACUGCGCCGGCGGAGGCGGUAAAGGAAAAGGCGCCGCUGCAUGUGUACCCCGAGGCGGAGGUUGGGACCAGUUUUUUUUCCCACCAUGGCCUCUAUUCCAUGCGAUACAACGGCGUCUGCGCCCUCACAGGCUCCAUUGUUCUCAUGGCAUCUGGAAGAUUUGUGAUGUUUGUGGAUGUAAAAAGCGGCAAAAUAAUGUCAACUCCUGGACCUGAGAAUGGUGGUGUGGGCGUCGUUGCGGUGCACCCUUCGCGGCGGUUUUAUGUCGUGUGCGAGAAACUCCCGAACGAUCCGUUGAUUCGUGUGUACAGUUGGCCCUCACGCGAGGAGGUGGGGCAAUUUGUGGGCGGUGCGACAAGGGGAUUCAGUGCUUGUUGCUUCAACAAGGACGGGACGAUGAUGGCCACGGUUGGUAUGUACCCGGACUAUUCCCUGGCUGUGUGGAACUGGAAUACGCGGGGGAUGAUUUUGCGCAGCAAGUGCCAUAACUCGGACGUCUACACAGUCGUGUUUAGUCGCUUUGAUAGUGGUGUUCUUGUGACCGGUGGGGCGGGAAACAUCAAGUUUUGGUCAAUGGCAAACACGUUUACGGGGCUAAAGUUACAAGGGUUACUGGGGAAAUUUGGACGGCUGGAGAUUACCAACGUGUCGGGGUUUGUUGUGCUGUCGGACGGCAAGGUUCUUUCAGGCUCCGAAUGUGGGCUCAUCCUCCUGUGGGAGGGGGAUCUCGUGCGCUGCUGCUUUGCGCAGGAGGUGAUCAAGGAUGAAGUGGAUGGGGCAGUUGCACUGGCUGUGCAAAGCUACGACUACAAGCCCUGCCACAACGGCGCGAUAAACGUUCUGGAACUGCUUGAGGACGGGCGUGUCAUCCUUACGGCGGGCGAUGACGGAUACAUGCGCUAUUGGCGUGUCAGCGAGCUGGAGACAGCGGAGGGCGACGGAGCCCCACCGUUGUAUGCACCGGAAUGCCUCUGUGAGGUACUUGUGGAUCCACAGGCCCACAUUCGCGCCAUGACGCUUUGUCGUGACACCAAUGAGUGGGUCGUGCUCGAUAGUACCGGUGCACUCUGGCGGGUUCCGUAUAUUGCAUCCAAGGACAUUCUUGCAAGAUCCCGACUCCUUGCCAAGGAACGAGCCCGGGUGGCAUUGCGGUUUACUGGCGGUGGCAUCACAAGUGCGGCGGUGUCUCCAAUUGAUCACACAGUGGUGACUGGUGGUGAGGACGGCAAAAUUCGUCUCAUUGACUACGUGACACCACAGCAGGUGUAUGAAUUCAUCCUGCCAGUCUCCACCGUAGUUGUUGCUCUCCGCUUCCUGCGUACGGACACAACCGGGAUGAAGCUUAUUGCGUGCUGCGAGAAUGGGACGGUGCUACUGCUACAACGCGGAAGUAAUACCUUCGUCUUGCUUGGUCAGUGGCGGCCACAUACGGAUGGCCUUAUGACGAUGACAGUUGAUCGUGAUGAACGUCGUCUUUGCACCAUUUCAACAAACGGCACAGUCUUUUUUUUUGACAUUGAUCCGGAUCUCUCUGCAAUUGCGCCCAUUGGUUUUUGCUGCCUCCCCUUGAAGGAUGUUCGGUGUGCGGCGUGGGACGACGCAACGUCGUGCUGCCUGUUGGGAUACGAGAGUGGGAAGCUGCUGGCGAUUCAGGCACCCAAAAUGGAGGAGAUGGAUCACAGUGUAUCCUUUGAGUUUACCUGCAUCUACGCUCUGGUUGGUAUUCGCCAGCGGAAGCUGGCAGAAAAGAAGCUUGUGAACCUGGUUGCUGGGGAAAGGGCAGACGGGAUACAGGAAGAGGAAGAAGAAGAAGACAUGGGGCCGUGGCCGGUGCAUCUUAUUUGCCCUCUACCUGAUGGGUCGUUUGCGGUUGGGUUUGCGGCGCCGGAACUGCUGUAUCGGUACCAUCUAAACAUCCGCUAUGACAACUGCACGGAACUUCCCCCGCUACCACCGACAGGGAUUGAGCCUCCUGACUACUUGGAGGAGCCCAUGAAUAACUUGUGCUACCGCGACUUGGUACCAAAACUGGCCACUGUCAGCAUCUCGGAAAGCUUCAUCGUCGUCAUCUGCGAGAGCGCUCAGGUGAUUCUACGAUCACUAGACUCUUCUGAAAAAUCGCCCCAGGAAUGCAUACUCGCCGCCGCGGCCCACGAUCGGCUAGACGGGCAAAUUGCCACUGCCUGUACUUCGUUUGAUGACUCAAUGCUGGUGUCCGUCGGUUCAGAUGGACUCGUCAUGGCACAAAUUCGUAAGGGCUACCAUGCGCCACUGCCUCCAAAGAUCCAGGCGGGGUACCCGCCUCUGCGUGCCGAGGAGGUUGUGCCGCCGCAGCCAAUUGCAUUGUCGAUCAGCGAACAAAAAGAGGCGGAUGAUCGUCGUAGUGCCGAAGAAGCUAAGCAGCGGGAGCUCGAUGCCUUUCUUGCGAAGUUGCACGUUGUGCAUGCGAAAUACGCGGAGUUGCUGGCGGAGAACAGCGCCGCCCCCGUGCAGCUGCGGCUGUCGGAGAAGGAAAUGGCCCUUCACCCGCAAAUCUUGCAAGAGAUGGAGGAGGAGAAGCAGCGGCGUGUAAAAGAGUCUAGGAAUGAGAAUGCCCUUCAAGUUGCAAGAGAAGAUGUGCGCACCCGAAAGAUGCGGGAUCGAUUUAUUGAUAACCUCAUCUAUGACCACUUUCAGGUGAUUAGCUUCUCCAAGGAGUUUGCCGUCUCAUCGUUUCGCACCCCUAACCCAGAGACGGCGAUUCGGCUACUGGAUAAAGAGAUCAACGACUUGCUCUCUUUCGAUGCGGAAGAAGAUGCAGCAGGCAGGUCGGUGGAAAACGACGGUACGAAUGACAGCAAAUCCCGGAGCAAAACUCCGGGCAUGACAGAUGAGGCAGGAAGUGCUGAAGUGGAAGACGCCCGUUUGGCCACAGCCGCAGGCAUUAACGAGUGGCUGGCGACCGAAGAGAAACACCGGCAGGAACAACUGAAGCUAACGAGGGAGGAAAGUGGACUGCUGACCACAACUAUGCGUCAGCACCUGGUCAAGAUGGAUGAACGUCGUGAGGAACGUAGGCGGCGGAAACAAGGGUACGAGAAGCUCCUGACGUAUAAGCCAGACCCUGCGGCAGAGGCGGCGCAGUUGGAGGCAAAGAUGCGACACGAGGUGGCACGUCGUGGGGAAUGUGUUUUGCGAACGGAUCCGUCAUACAAUUCGAAGCCGUCAGCUGUUUCGAAGCUGCACCAGUUGAUUUGGGUCGAAAAGAUUGUGCUGAGGCUGCGCAGCACCUUCACGAAGAAGCUGCUUCUUCUUCGCGAUGAAAAGGCAACCUUGUGUAAGUCUUUGAAUGUCUUCCUACGGCGCAUACGGGAGAUCAACCAUGCAUUGAAGGAGACAAACGCUCAGUCAGCGGAUGUCCACUUGGCGCCGAUUGAGAGGCCGGAGCAGCGCUUUGUCAUUGACCACGAGGGCCUUGAAGCGUUUGCAAAGCAACGACAUAAGGAAAAAAUGCGUGAGGAGUUGGCAAGGAAGGCGCAGCGUGGGUUUGGUGCCGAUCUUGUGGGAACGGAAGCCUCGGCAAACAACGAUGGGACGGGAGCUUUGAUGUCUGGCGAGGAGGGAGAUAGUUUUAAAAAGGCCUCUAACCGCAUGUCGAUUACCGACCACCGCACAAGCCCGCUCCGGCGGCAGAGGAACCGCAACAUGUCGCCGCCCCCAAGGUCUUCACGGGCUUACAACACGGCUGUUCUUGCUGCGGUGGCUGUACGGGAGCGAAUGGACAACGAACUGCGUGCCAAGCUAGAGAAUGUGAAGCUCACCGAGGUAGAGGAGGAGGAGCAGCAGAUGGAACGAGAGCGGCUGAUCGCUGAGCGCUACCGCCUUCAAUGCCGUGUUGAUUCCAUGAUGAAGUCAUUCGACCAGCGCCUUUGGGAAUUGCACGAGGAGCGUGUUAGUGUAGACGCAGAUCUCUCUCUGGCGGAUGCCCGCUCCCUACUCAUGUUUAAUGAGUACCAAAUCCUGCUUGUCUUCCGGCAUAAGGACCGCGAAUUACGGCUACAGUACGAAGAGACGAAACGAUCACGCGAUCAACGAAAUCAGGAGGUGACGGAGCUGCAGAAAGAGGUACAGGAGCAGGCGGGCGUAAUUGAAAAGUUGCAGGAGACAAACAAGGCAUUCCGUCAUGAGGGAGAGUUCUUCAUUGAGUCUCACUUUCCAGCAGAGCAUGUGCCAUACAUUAUCAAGGUGUUUUUGCGACAAAUUAAGCGGCGUAAAAACCUUGGCGAUGUCUCCGCAGACGAUGAUGAUAUCACAAGCGAUGACGAUGAUGAAGACCUGAACGAGGAGGACCUAUGGGAGGAAGUCUGCCCGCCCAACUGCUCGGGGGAUCGUUGGCAGGAGGUGCUGGCGAUGCGCGAGAAGCGGCUUGACUAUGUUGACGCCAUCGCGGGGGCACGACGGAAACAGGAGGAAAUGCAGCGCUGCAUCGAGGAACACAAGAUUUUGGCGGAGAAACUCAACACGGCCUUGUCCUUGUCGCUGAAGGCGAUUGAGGAAUUUCAAGGUGAAAAACGCAAGGAGCUGAAUAUGCUGCAGACACUUGUGGCACUGCGAUGUAGUCAAGUGAGGUGUCUUGAGGAAGAGAAGUGCCCCGACACCUUCCGUCGGGAUGAUCUUGUGGUCAUUUCCGAUCAUGUGAUGGCGAAGCUGCAUCAUCGCAUUGAGGAAAUGGCGGAGGAGAAACGGGACUGGCGGAUGAAGUUGAAGGAAAUGACGGCGGAGCUGCAGCGGCUGCAGCGUGAGCGGACGGUUAAAGAGGCGUUGCACGCCAAAUGGAAGGAAAAAGUGUACGAGGCGAUGAUGCUGAAGUUUGGGUGCACCGUGAAUCUGGAGCUGCUGGAGUCCACCACCAGCUGUCGGGAGGUGGAGGAGCUGAAGGAGCAGCUGCGCAUAGAAGAGCUCUCCUGGGAGCGGGAGUUGCGAAAGCGUGAGAAGAAAAUUACCGCUUUGCGGGAGACAAUGCAGCGUCGACUCGUAGAGAACACACGCCUUUUGCACGAGCUGGGCGAUCAGGAGAGCAGCCGGCAAGAUGUGGAGCGGUCACUGUCAUGUGCCACGCAGAAGGUGGUGAGCCGAAUGUAUGACGGCUCCAACGUCGCUACAGCGGAGGACCGGCGCAACCUCAAGUUACUUAUCGCCGCGCAGCAGGAGGAGAUUGACGCCCUGCGUGCGGAGGUUAGUCUGCUGCGCAGUAAGGUUGGACAUCUCUACGCCCCCUCCGUUGCAUUCACGACAUGA